AUGACCAUCCUUCAAGUCACAGUCCUUUUCCUCGUAUUUACAUUAGUCUACACGCGCUCCCGCCGUAGUGGUCCCAUCGCUUCUCAAACUUUGCCUUCACCGGCCUCCUUCCGCAUCUUCACACCAUCAGACCUUCUCGAUUUCAAUGGUACCAAUGGCAAAGGAAUCUAUAUUGCUGUGCGUGGUCGUGUGUUCGACGUGAGCACGAGCAAGAACUUUUAUGGGCCGGGAGGGCCGUACGAGAACUUUGCGGGACGAGACGCAACCCGUGGACUAGCCUUGCAAAGCUUUGACAAAGAAGUGCUCACUAAAGAUCUCAACGGACCUUUGGACGACAUAAAGGACCUCACUCGAGAUGAGCUCGGUAAUCUUGAGAGCUGGGAAGAGCGAUUCUUGCUCAAGUACCCAAUGGUUGGUGAAUUGGUUUCUAAUGAUGACUUUGAGCUCCAGCAGCAAACACAAGUAUCCGCCUAG